AUUAGAUAGAAUUGAAAAACUACUAUUAGAAAUUUCCAAUCGUCUAGAUAAUUUAGAAUCACACGUAUGGCAACAAGCAGAACAAUAUUAUGAAAAUAUCGACGUGGAUGAUGAAAUGGAAGAAAUGUCAGAGGACGAAAGUGCAAAACCAAUAGAUAAUAAUAAAAAACAAGAAAUUACAUCUGAAAAAGAGGUUACAACAACAAGACGAAUAUUAGACGCAGUUCAACAGAUUAUGGGUAGACUCGAAAUGUUAGAACAAAAAGCGAAUAAUAAUAAUCACAACAAUAAGUCAAAUGAUGAAACAAGUUCAAGUAGAGGUUCCUCUAGUGGGAAAAAUAAAGAAACAAGUGUACCCGUAACAAAAGAUAGGGAAAAAAUAUUUCGUAAUAACAAAAUUAAUAAUAUAGUAACCAAUAAUCAAAAUAUAAACAAUAACAAUACUGAAAUAAACAUUAACAUUAAAGACAAUGAUAACUCCUUUUUUAAACUAGCAACACACAAUGUAAGAGGCUUUAACGAUUUUGUUAAGCGUAACCUUUUUUAUAAUUACAUUAAAAAUAAUAGAAUAGAUAUAAUGGGCAUAUCAGAAACUAAAUGUAGUGAAAACAAAGAAAAAUGGUUCAUGGAUGAUAAAGACAAAUUUAGAAUACACUGGUCAUCAGGUGGGGCUGGAUCUGGAGUAGCUUUAAUUUUUUCGAGGGAACUCAACAAAUAUGUAUGUAACGUCAAAAAAUACAAGGGAAGAGCAAUUUCUGUAAAUUUAGCUCUACCAAAAAAGAAUAAAAUGCGUAUCAUACAAAUAUACUUAUCCAGUAGGAAAAAAGAAAACAAAGAGGUCAUUUUACAAAUCGAAACCUGGAUAGCGCAAGCACAAAAAUAUAACAAUUAUAAG